CUGACACUUGACGGAUUCAUAAUUAAUUCUACUCUAUUAGUAAACAACUAAUUAAAUAAAAUCUCAGUGGUUUUGCGGCGAGAUAUGAUGGAAUGGAAUUCAUGUUACGAUGGGCACGACCACAUCGUGCAGUGGAACGUGACUGAAAACCCUAGAAACGUACUGGAGAUGAAUAACGAAAACUUAGUGUUCCAACAAAAUGAUCUCUUUCCCUCAGCCUUUCCUCUCAUGGCUGAUAUCCGUCGACAAGGAAAACUCUGUGAUGUCGUCCUUAAGGUUGACGGGCAACACUUUAGUGCUCAUAAAAUUGUUUUAGCUUCAACCAUUCCAUAUUUUCACGCCAUGUUUAUGAACGAUAUGAUAGAAUCUCGUAAUAAGGAAAUUGAAAUCAAAUGCAUAGAUGCAACGGCUUUGGAGGCAUUGGUGAAUUUCGCAUAUUCAGGAAAGGUUAUUCUGGAUAAAAAUAAUGUUCAAAGUAUAAUGAUCGGUGCUUCGUACUUGCAGCUGAACAAAGUAAGGGAUGCUUGUGCAAAUUAUUUACUGCAAAGGAUACAUCCGCAAAACGCAUUAGGAUUUAGGCACUUUGCAGAAUCUCUUGGCUGCGCCACACUGGCAGAUUCUGCAGAAAAAUAUAUUGAAUCUUACUUCCAUGAGGUCUCUCAGCAUGAAGAAUACUUAAACCUGUCCCUAUCCGAAAUCAAAGAUUUGCUGAGCAAGAAUGAUUUAAGGGUAGAAAGCGAAGAACAAGUUUUCGAGGCCUGUAUGAGGUGGAUGAAGCAUGACAUUGAGAAAAGAAAGGAGCAUCUGCCAGAACUUUUGUCGUUAGUGAGAUUGCCACUGCUAUCGCCACUUUAUAUAACUGAUAGGGUCCGUAACGAAGACCAGAUUAGGUAUUCCAUUCAAUGCCGAGACUUGGUCGACGAAGCACUGACUUUCCACCUGAUACCGGAAAGACGGGCUUUAAUCCAAAGCUUCCGUACCGAGCCAAGAGUAUGUGACAUAAAAGGCUACAUAUAUGUCGUAGGAGGCCUAAACCGCCACGGUGAUUCCUUGUCUACCGUGGAGUACUACGACCCAAAAAUCGACAAAUGGCAUAUGGCGCCACCCAUGUCAAUGAUGCGGUCCCGUCUAGGUGUAGCCGUUCUCAAAAGCAAGUUGUACGCCUUUGGCGGUUACAACGGUAAAGAUCGGUUGUCUAGUGUCGAAGUCUAUGAUGCCGUGAAGAAGGAGUGGUCGAUGGUUAGUCCCAUGAUAUGCAAACGAAGCGCUUUAGGUGCAACGGCUUUAGGCGACAUCAUUUACGUUUGCGGUGGCUACGACGGCGUGACUUCCCUUAAUUCUGUGGAGAGGUAUCACCCUAGUACAAAUUCUUGGUGUUCGUUGGCCCCGAUGAACAAAUCUAGGAGCGCAGGCGCUGUCAUAGCUUGCCAAGGCUAUAUAUAUGCCCUUGGCGGUCACGAUGGUCUCUCCAUCUUCGAUUCCGUUGAAAGAUAUAAUCCUGCCACCAAUACGUGGGUUGAAGCACCGCCGAUGUUAACAAAAAGAUGCCGUCUGGGUGUAGCGAUGCUAGGAGGCAAAUUAUACGCUUGCGGUGGGUACGACGGCAGUUCGUUCCUCCAAACUGUCGAAAUGUUCGAUCCGAGCACCAAUAAGUGGACGUAUGUUGCUCCGAUGAACGCCCAAAGGAGCAGGGUGGCGUUAACGGCGAAUAUGGGCAAACUGUGGGCUGUCGGAGGAUACGACGGCAUUUCUAAUCUGGUCACGGUUGAGGUGUACGAUCCUAAGACCGACAAGUGGACCUACGCUGCCGAUAUGAUUGCCCACGAGGGUGGAGUUGGCCUCGGCGUUAUAUCCAUUCCAUAGAUCACAUAAUAUUGGGAAGUCCCAGUAAUAUAAGUAACUAUAUUCAUUUUAAAAAAAUAUAGGUAAUAGCUGUGUCUACAUAGGUAAACAUUUACUAGUCAUAUUGUAAGUAUCAGAAAAUGUUUCGAUAUUUAUCGCCAAAAAGACUGGACGUUUGCCAUGAUUCGAUUAUGUUAAGGAAGAGAUUCUUUUUUUUUAAUUUCCAACAAAACAUUUAUUAUCCUUUUUUAGUUCUAUUAUUCCUUCGCAUUAUGCAUUUAGCCAACACAGUCAUGUCAACGAUCGAGAAAUCCUAGUUGGUUUGGGUAAAACAUAUUUGGAUUUUAUGGAAAAUAUUUUUAAAAAAAAUUUUGGUUCAAAUAGAUAUAAAACAAUAAUGUAUGCGUAUAUCUCUUCAGCAUUUAAAUUCGUGGUGCAUUUGAAUUUUAUUCACUAUAAAAUUACCCUCGAAUCAGUUUUAUCAAAUUGAGUAAAUGUUUGUUGAUUAUUUUUAGGAUAUAAUAUAUUUCGAUAUCAGUUAUUUCUGUGACGCUUCGUCAAAUAAUAAAAGAAUAUCAGUUACUUUUUCUGAGCCUAUAGUUACUUGUACUCAAUUACAUUUCUAUGAACCUACAGUGCAUUUGACCUACUACAAUACAAUAGGUAUUUAUUUAAGUGAACAGUGGCUCUAAGAUACAAGCCUUAAUGUUUAAUAAAUCACUUUUAAGCCUCACAUAAGAAUGAUAUUUAAUUUUCUACAGAUUUAAACAACACAUUCAAAGCUUUAGGAGGGUGCUGUUAUUGUUCCGUAAAAGUUGUAUAGAGCGUCAUAAAUGAUUACAAACCACACGAACAGUAUCGAA